AGCAGCUCUGCAGCACUGGGCUCUGCUCCACAACACUCAGCUCCACUCCGGGAAGGCCACCUCCCCCCUUCUCCCUCCUCCUCCCCCUCCUCCUCCCGCUGUCACCACUCACCACUCAUAGCUUCGAAGGGGUGGGGACCCCAGGGAUGGACACACCCCACCGUGGCCUCAGAGCCCAGCUGGUCGGACGGACGCACAGUCGGACACAGGACCUCAGAGCCCCGAGGUGGGCAGUGUGCCAGGGUCCCUCACAGCCUCCUCAAGCCCCAUCCAGGCUAUGGGCAUCAAGACCGCAUUGCCUGCGGCUGAGCUGGGCCUCUACUCCCUGGUGCUGAGUGGGGCCCUUGCUUAUGCAGGCCGAGACCUCCUUGAGGCUUCAAAAGAUGGGGCCCACAGGAAGUCCUUCCGGGAGUCUGUGCGGCCAGGCUGGGAGUACAUUGGCCGGAAGAUGGACGUGGCUGACUUCGAGUGGGUGAUGUGGUUCACUUCCUUCCGCAACGUCAUCAUCUUUGCCCUCUCUGGACAUGUGCUGUUUGCUAAACUUUGCACGAUGGUAGCCCCCCAGCUCCGCUCCUGGAUGUAUGCUGUGUAUGGGGUCCUGGCCGUGGUGGGUACGAUGGGCCCCAAGUACCUGCUGCUGUUGCUUGGCCACUGUGUGGGCCUCUAUGUGGUUUCACUCUUGGGCCAGCCCUGGCUCUGUCUGGGCCUUGGCCUGGCCAGCCUUGCCUCCUUCAAGCUGGACCCUCUCACCUCCUGGCAGAGCGGGUUUGUAACAGGCAGUUUUGAUCUUCAAGAGGUGCUGUUUCAUGGGGGCAGCGGCUUCACGGUGCUGCGCUGCACCAGCUUUGCACUGGAGAGGUGUGCCCACCCUGACCGCCGCUAUUCCCUAGCCGACCUGCUCAAGUACAAUUUUUACCUGCCAUUCUUCUUCUUCGGUCCUAUCAUGACCUUUGACCGCUUCCACGCCCAGGUGAGCCAGGUGGAACCGGUAAGGCCAGAUGGCGAGCUGUGGCGCAUCCGGGCCCAGGCAGGCCUCAGCGUGGUGGCCAUCAUAACCGUGGACAUCUUCUUUCACUUUUUCUACAUCCUCACCAUCCCCAAUGACCUCAAGUUCGCCAACCGCCUCCGGAACAGUGCUCUCGCGGGCCUGGCCUACUCAAACCUGGUGUACGACUGGGUGAAGGCGGCCGUCCUAUUCGGCGUCGUCAACACGGUGGCGCGCCUCGACCACCUGGACCCUCCCCGGCCUCCCAAGUGCAUCACGGCGCUCUACGUCUUCGCAGAAACGCACUUUGACCGUGGUAUCAACGACUGGCUUUGCAAGUAUGUGUACAACCACAUUGGUGGGGAGCACUCUGCGGUGAUCCCAGAGCUGGGGGCCACAGUGGCCACAUUUGCCAUCACCACUCUGUGGCUGGGGCCCUGUGAUAUUGUCUACCUGUGGUCGUUCCUUAACUGCUUUGGUCUCAACUUUGAACUCUGGGUGCAGAAGCUGGCAGAGUGGGGGCCCCUAGCACAAAUUGAGGCCUCUCUGUCGGAGGAGAUGUCCCGCAGGGUCCGGGCCCUCUUUGGGGCCAUGAACUUCUGGGCCAUCAUCAUGUACAACCUUGUGAGCCUGAACAGCCUCGAGUUCACGGAGCUGGUCGCCCGGCGCCUGCUGCUCACAGGGUUCCCCCAGACCACGCUGGCUGUCCUGUUUGUCACCUACUGUGGUAUCCAGCUGGUGAAGGAGCGUGAGCGAACCCUGGCACUGGAGGAGGAGAAGCAGGACAAAGAGAAGCCAGAGUAGGUGGGCGGGGGAAGAGGGAAGGGCUAUGCUCAGCUAUGCCUGGGGCCUGACCAAUAGAAUAAAAGACUUUUCUAC